UCCCGUCGUGGUAGUCCCAGUGUGGUUCCUAUAUGGUUGUUUUCCCCCCACUCCUCCUCCUCCUCCAUAUCCGGGGUACAGAUUGGGAGCGUUUCCUGUCGGCAGAAUCUGCGGGGAGACCGGGAAGCGAGGCGAAAAAAAAGGCUGCGCUGGGAUGGGAGAGGGGUCGCGGAAGGAGGAGCCCUUCGCCUAACUCGCCCACCGCUUCCUUUAAAAAGAGCUUCCCGGUUAUCCCUAACUGCGCCCGCUGCCUCUUUUCAGUCUCUGCCGCUUCUCCACCCUUCCCAGCACGCUGCGAUCGGAUGCCUCGCUCUGGCUCCCAAAGAAAGAAUUUGGAUCUUGCUAUGAUGAUCUCUGCCGGAUGGUUAACUCUCAGCUAGUACUGUUAUCUUGAGAAUUAUAACUGCUUGUGGAAGCUGUCGAGAAGUUGAGAUUGCACCUGGCCAUUGGGUUGGGAUUGGCUUGCCUGAAAGGACAAUUGUGCUGGAUCUAGAGGCACUAUGGAGUUUGCUGAGUUGAUCAAGACACCACGGGCUGAUAAUGUAGUCCUUCACCGCCCUUUCUAUCCAGCAGUGGAGGGGACUCUGUGCUUAACGGGACACCACCUCAUCUUCUCUUCGCGACGGCAGGACAAUGUCGAGGAACUUUGGCUUUUGCAUUCCAACAUUGAUUCAAUUGAAAAACGUUUUAUCGGCUUCUUGGGGACCAUCAUUAUCAAAUGCAAAGACCUACGAAUUAUCCAGCUUGACAUUCCUGGCAUGGAGGAAUCUUUGAACAUCGCUAGCUCCAUUGAGGCACUGUCUACCUUGGAUUCUAUCACACUCAUGUAUCCUUUCUUUUAUCGCCCUAUGUUUGAAGUAAUUGAAGAUGGCUGGCAUUCAUUCUUGCCUGAAAGUGAAUUUGAACUUCUCAAUUCAGUUACAAAUGAAUGGCGGUUGAGUUACAUCAACAAAGAUUUCUCAGUCUGCCCUUCUUACCCACCUGUUGUCACUGUCCCUAAAUCAAUUGAUGAUGAAUCUUUAUGCAAGGUUGCCACUUUUCGCCAUGGUGGACGCUUCCCAGUACUCAGCUAUUAUCACAAGAAAAAUGGGAUGGUGAUAAUGCGCAGUAGCCAACCACUUACAGGUACUAAUGGGAGGCGUUGUAAGGAGGAUGAGAAGCUGAUCAAUGCCACCCUGAGGGCAGGCAAGCGUGGCUAUAUCAUUGAUACACGAUCUCUGAAUGUUGCUCAACAAGCCCGGGCCAAAGGUGGAGGCUUUGAACAGGAGGUUCAUUAUCCUCAGUGGAGAAGGAUUCACAAAUCCAUUGAGCGAUACAAUAUCCUGCAAGAGAGUCUCAUCAAGCUUGUGGAGGCCUGUAAUGACCAGUCUCAUAAUAUGGAUCGCUGGUUAAGUAAGUUAGAGGCUUCAAACUGGCUGACCCACAUCAAGGAAAUCCUGACCACAGCAUGCUUGGCUGCCCAGUGCAUUGAUAGGGAAGGGGCAUCUGUCUUGAUUCAUGGAACAGAAGGCACUGAUUCAACACUACAGGUGACUUCCCUGGCUCAAAUCAUUUUGGAUCCCAGAUGCAGGACCAUUCGUGGCUUUGAAGCUCUGAUUGAGAGAGAAUGGCGUCAGGCUGGCCACCCAUUUCAACAGCGCUGUGCCCAAUCAGCUUAUUCAAAUAGCAAGCAGAAAUGGGAGGCUCCUGUAUACCUCCUUUUCUUGGAUUGCGUCUGGCAGAUUCUUCGUCAGUUUCCUUGCUCCUUUGAGUUCAACUAUCAUUUUCUCAUCAUGCUCUUUGAACAUUCUUACGCCUCUCAGUUUGGAACUUUCCUGGGUAACAAUGAAAAUGAAAGGUCUAAGCUUAAAUUGUCUCAGAAGACAAUGUCCUUGUGGUCCUGGGUGAAUCGACCAGAAGAGCUCAAUCGAUUUAAGAACCCUCUCUUUGAAGCCAACAGUCUAGUCAUCUGGCCUUCUGUUGCACCACAAAGUCUGCAGCUGUGGGAAGGAGUCUUUCUUCGCUGGAACAGAUCGUCCAAAUUUGUGGAUGAAUCUUAUGAAGAAAUGAUCAACAUCAUAAAAUAUAACAAGGAACUCCAAGUGAAAGUCAACAUGCUAAGACGGCAGCUGGCAGAGCUGGAGAUAGAUGACAACACACAGGAUGAUGGGAUGCCCGAGAGCCCCUGAAAUCUGGCAGAAUACAGGGCCAGAUUGUGUUCCUUCCCAGAUAAGCGAGUCACUUCUACACACUAAGCACUAAACAAAUAAGACUUGCAUGCGCUCAAGCUCAUUUUUGGUGCAAUCAGGUUGAAUUUUUUUUUUUUUUUUGCUUCAGAGUUCCUCACUUGGCACUAUAGUCAUCCACCUCCAUUUAGGAUUGUGGUGCUUGUUUUUGUUUACAUGAUGAAACUUGUAAUUUAGCUGGUUGUUGUCCCUUCUUGUCCCCUCCAGGGAGGUGUUUCAUCUUUAAUAAAUUGUGUGUUCGGUUACAGUGUCACUCAGGUUUUUAACCACGACUAAACAUCAAUGACACUUACAAUAGGGGUGCCCUUAGCUUUGUGGAAAUCUUCAUUCUGGCCAAUACUGUCAGAAGUUUCCAGGUUUUGUAAAGGAUGAUCUUUGGGAUCACUGUGGUAAGGCAAGUCUAAAUUAUUCUUUUGUUCCCCACACUAAACUCUUUUUUUUUUGUUCUUAUUUAAGACACUUGUAACUUUGGCUUGGAUAAUAGGACCUUCAAUCAUAAAUUAAAACAACCUUUUUCUGUGUUCCUUAUUCCACACUGCAACUUGCACAAAGGAAAACGAGAAAGUGUCCAAUAAAAAGCAAAACUUUUUACUGCAUUUUCUCUACCCUCCACACUAGAUGGAGCAGGCGGUGCUGAUUACAUUCAUUUCCUCAUAUCUUGGAUCAACAGGAAGUAGAUUCUGCACAGCUGGUGGGCAGGUACAUUUUGGAAUGCUAUCCAUAAAGAUAUGGGCACUUCACUGUUUUUAGUGAACAAUUAUUUUUCUUAUUUUUAUAUUUUAUUUUUGUUGACCUAUUUGUGGAAAUGCUGACUUGCCAGAAUAGGACUGUGUCUGCUGUAGAUAUGUAGCAUCUACUGUACUAAAUGCAAGCUUUUCUCUCAUGUAACCAAUUCUGGUGUAAUGUUUGGAUGUUUUUGCUGUAUCAUUGAAUCACUUCUCAGUUGGGGAGACUGUAUCUGGAUAUUUUUGCAAAAACAUGGAUUUGUUUUCCUUAACAAAAUGCACUAUUUGGUUGAAAGUAAUGGCUUGACUGAUGGAUAAAUAAUGCAUAUAAAGCAUCAACAGCAUGAAACCUAAGUAACUUUGAUCCAUAGGCAUUAUCAUUAAGACAGUGAAAUGGCUUUGCCCGACUUGGAAGCUUCUGAUCAUUAGCUUUGCGCUAGUGUGUUAAGUUGAAGGUAGGAGAAUUUAAAUAUCAUAUCCACUUCUGUAUUCAGCUUGACUUGCAGGUUAAGUCGAUUUGGCCUGAGGGUUGAUUUGUCCUAUUCCUAUGGGACUAAAGCACAUUCGCAACAUCAUUGAAAGGAGAGUAUCCAUGUUAUGCAUGCUCAUACUUGUUAAACCCUUUGACAAAUUAGUAAUGUUAGGUGUAUAUGUCAGAAUUGCAUUCUGUUGUAGAAUUUCCACUUAGUUAAAGGCUUUUGAAGCAUAUAGCUAGGCUUUCAUUUUUUUUAACAUCUACAAGUAAAAUGCCUUACUUUGUAUUUUGCUGUGUUUCUUUGAAUGUUCUAUAAUACUUUUUUCCCUAUUUCACUUAAAAGAAAUAACUGCCUGUUUUAUUCCAUUUCCUUUAGAUAUCUGUCUCACUAAACAUGCCUGUUUCCCAAUCUUUGGAACAUGCAAGCCUUCUUGAUCAGAUGUGGAUUUUUUUUUAAAAAAAAAAUCCCUGUUUUGAUCAGUAGCUUUUUCUUAGGGGCAGUCCCCCUUCAAUGAACAAAUUUUAUUCUUUGCCACCCUGUCAACUUAGCUGACAAUAUCAGAGAUAUCCUUCCUGAAAAUGCAACAUAAUUAUAGUUGAUUGCUCCAACAAUAGAGCAUUCAGCAUUUUAUUAUUAAUGUGAAAUAUAUAAUCCUUUUUAAUGAAUUUUACUGAAUAUUUUGGAGUAGGAACAACUUGUAGGGUUUUCUUUUUUUUUUGCCUUUUUGUGCGGAGGAGGGCUUGGAAUUGUGGAUAAUUGUGCCUAACCUAACCUGCUCCUUUCACCUCUCCCCAAAUCUUUUUGAAAGAGCCAGGAAUGUACAGUAUUCAUUUUCUUAAAGGUAUGCUGCUCAGAAUUAAUACUGUCUGUAGCUCUUGUAAUUUUGACUAAGCUGUAUUUCUUUCUAAGUGUAGUGAUAUUUUGCUGUUCACAAUAGAUUGGAAGCUGCAAGCCUGUUCCAGGACUUUAUCAAUAAUGGUUCGACUUACCAGAUUCAUGUAUUUUCCACUAGAAGAUUAGAACGACAAAGAUGCAUUUUUAAAUUCAUUUGGGUAUUGCACAAAGGCAGUCAUGUGGUAUUAGAAUAACAGAACAAAGGAAAAACACUAGUUUUUACUAAAUGGGCAUUUUUUGGGUGCUGCCCUUUUUCUCUGUGGCCAGAACCCAGUUGAACUAACCAGGAGAUGUGGGCUAACCUCACCUACUUUUGCCUUUCUAUAAUUAUGUGGUUAUUGGAAAUGGUGACACAUUACAGGGUUGCUUGGUUUAAGAAAUUAAUUGGAAUGUUACUUCCAUUGAAUUUCUGGGAAAAGGUAAAAUAUCAGAUGGAAUGUUCAGAAUCUUCAUCCUGAAUUAUUUUCUGUUUAUAUGGCAGCUUUGAUAUAGAUUUCACUGUAUGUUUAAGCCCUACCAUAACCUUUUCAACAUAAUCAACUUCUACCCUCAAAUGAACUCUUAGCUGGCACUACUGUAAAGUAUUGAAAUAAACAGACUCCUUCCAUAUCUAUUUAUUUCAAAGUUAUUUUCCUGUUAAGUUUAGAUGUGAUUUUUGCAUAUGAUAUUUAUGAUAUAGGUCAUUAUCUUCAAGAAUUGGUUGUAAACUAUUCAUAAUCUUAAUGGCUAAUUUUUGAUAGUUUUUUGAAAGGUAUGUUUGAUUAAAGGGAAGUGUAAAUAACAAUAUUUACAAUGCAGUAUUUAUUAUUUGAAUGAAUUAGACUUAAGUAAAAUUGUAUUAGCAAUUAUGUCAUUUCAUAUGGUUUCAUAAUAGUUUUAAGAUUGGUUAACAUUUCACUCUUUUCCAGAAAACAAAAUCAAUUGUAUUUUCAUACUUCUAUGAAUUCCGAAACUUUUUCCUCAUUAAAAAUUAGGUCCUUUAUAGCAGUGCAAAGAUGGUGCAUCUUGGUUUGGCUGCUUAGUUACAACACAGCAAUUUAAACAUCAACACUUCUUGCAAUGGAUGUUACAAAAUUAUACUUCUGAGGGUUUUUCAUUCUCUAAAAUGUCUAAAUCUUUGUCUUUUUUUCCUCCUAAUGUCUGUACAUGAGGCAGAGAAUUGAGGUAAAUUCUGCAUACUCUUAUAGGGAUUCUAUGUAUUAUAGUAGUAAACUUGUGUAGAAAAUAGCAACCUGGUUUAAUUUUUACAACUGAAUGUUUCAUAUGAGUAGUGUUGCCUUCCAUCUUCUCUUGGGCUCUGCAGAUAUAAUCAAAUUACUGUAUUGCGUGGAUAGAUGCCAGUUCUUGCCAACAUUGCCAAUUUUCUCUGGGUACAAUCUUCCUGCUGUAAUUAUUUGAAAUUGCUGCCACGGCAUUCAUGAAGUCUUCAGAUUUAAAAAUCAAAAUAAACUUGAGAAAUUAC